UUUUAUAUUUUGUGAUUUCUCGUCAAAGUCUCGCUUAAAAUUGUGGCAUAAAAUUUUUAAACAAAGCUCAGGUUUCUGUAACUCAACAUGAUUUUCAAAGUAUUACUGCUCGCUGUAAUUGCGGUUUGUCAGCUAAACUUGACAUCGGGGUCCUCACCCGUCAUCGUCACCGCGCAAAGCUGUCUGGACUAUUUCAAACGAGGCUACAAAACCAAUGGUUACUAUCAUAUCAUCAAUCACGGGGUUAACGGACUGGUUCAUACAGUUUUCUGCGAUUUCACAUCAGAGCCUGGAUUCGCGUGGACCUUGGUUGAAUCUUUCGCCUUGAAACAUAAACUCCUGCGAGCUUUCCGAAAAUCACCGUUGAAGACGAACGACCCUGUGAAUCCAUACACUCCGAUCUGGAAUCUUUUCCGAAUGUCGUACAAGCAAAUGAGUCAUUUGAGAUCUCAGUCCACACACUGGAGAGUCACCUGCGACUUUCAAGCAAAACCCAUUGAUAUUUACCGAGAUUACGCCAGAGCAAGCUUCAAAGAAUUUGACGCGUUGGAUUUUGUAGGUGGUGUACCUUGCAAGAAGAUGGAAUACAUUAAUAUUCGCGGUCACCAUUGCACAGGGUGUACAGCUCGUUGGGCGGCAAAGGUUAACAACUGGACGCUUUAUUCUGACAGUGCCUCCAUUGGGUGCGAUUUUCAGCCAAAAACGGGAGCAGUCGUCUCUGAAGAUAACUUUGGUUAUUAUGCAUCCGUGAAUAAGAAAUUCCGUUGCAGUUUCUCGCCUAGAGCAACGACCAACUAUUGGUUUGGAGGAUAUUAUUAAAAACACUUUUGUUGACUUUAGUUAAGAUAUUAAUGUCUCACAUUCACAAAAUGAGGCGUUGUAUAGAAAAAUGCACUCAAAUCUCUGUAGAACUUAAACGACUCAUGUGAAAUAU